AUGCUCCUGAGGCUGCAGACAGGGCUGACCUCACAGGACAAACUCUCACAGCCCAGGUGAGCAUAAUACAAUAAGCCAGGGUAACAGGACAGGCAGGUGAAUAUUGACUGGCACACUUUUAUGAAAAAAAGUGUGGGGAACCCUUUUUGGUGCUAGGUAGAACCCUCUGCAAAGGGUUCUACUUAGAACCCUCUAUAUAGGGUUCUUCAUAGAAGCCCAUGUACAGUGGGGGGAAAAAAGUAUUUAGUCACCCACCAAUUGUGCAAGUUCUCCCACUUAAAAAGAUGAGAGAGGCCUGUAAUUUUCAUCAUAGGUACACGUCAACUAAAUCCAGAAAAUCACAUCGUAGGAUUUUUAAUGAAUUUAUUUGCAAAUUAUGGUGGAAAAUAAGUAUUUGGUCAAUAACAAAAGUUUCUCAAUACUUUGUUAUAUACCCUUUGUUGGCAAUGACACAGGUCAAACGUUUUCUGUAAGUCUUCACAAGGUUUUCACACACUGUUGCUGGUAUUUUGGCCCAUUCCUCCAUGCAGAUCUCCUCUAGAGCAGUGAUGUUUUGGGACUGUCGUUGGCAACACAGACUUUCAACUCCCUCCAAAGAUUUUCUAUGGGGUUGAGAUCUGGAGACUGGCUAGGCCACUCCAGGACCUUGAAAUGCUUCUUACGAAGCCACUCCUUCGUUGCCCGGGCGGUGUGUUUGGGAUCAUUGUCAUGCUGAAAGACCCAGCCACGUUUCAUCUUCAAUGCCCUUGCUGAUGGAAGGAGGUUUUCACUCAAAAUCUCACGAUACAUGGCCCCAUUCAUUCUUUCCUUUACACGGAGCAGUCGUCCUGGUCCCUUUGCAGAAAAACAGCCCCAAAGCAUGUGUUUCCACCCCCAUGCUUCACAGUAGGUAUGGUGUUCUUUGGAUGCAAUUCAGCAUUCUUUGUCCUCCAAACACGACCAGUUGAGUUUUUACCAAAAAGUUCUAUUUUGGUUUCAUCUGACCAUAUGACAUUCUCCCAAUCCUCUUCUGGAUCGUCCAAAUGCACUCUAGCAAACUUCAGACGGGCCUGGACAUGUAUUGGCUUAAGCAGGGGGACACAUCUGGCACUGCAGGAUUUGAGUCCCUGGCGGCGUAGUGUGUUACUGAUGGUAGGCUUUGUUACUUUGGUCCCAGCUCUCUGCAGGUCAUUCACUAGGUCCCCCCUGUGUGGUUCUGGGAUUUUUGCUCACUAUUCUUGUGAUCAUUUUGACCCCACGGGGUGAGAUCUUGCGUGGAGCCCCAGAUCGAGGGAGAUUAUCAGUGGUCUUGUAUGUCUUUCAUUUGCUAAUAAUUGCUCCCACAGUUGAUUUCUUCAAACCAAGCUGCUUACCUAUUGCAGAUUCAGUCUUCCCAGCCUGGUGCAGGUCUACAAUUUUUGUUUCUGGUGUCCUUUGACAGCUCUUUGGUCUUGGCCAUAGUGGAGUUUGGAGUGUGACUGUUUGAGGUUGUGGACAGGUGUCUUUUAUACUGAUAACAACUUCAAACAGGUGCCAUUAAUACAGGUAACGAGUGGAGGACAGAGGAGCCUCUUAAAGAAGAAGUUACAGGUCUGUGAGAGCCAGAAAUCUUGCUUGUUUGUAGGUGACCAAAUACUUAUUUUCCACCAUAAUUUGCAAAUAAAUUCAUAAAAAAUCCUACAAUGUGAUUUUCUGGAUUUUCUUUUCUCAAUUUGUCUGUCAUAGUUGACGUGUACCUAUGAUGAAAAUUACAGGCCUCUCUCAUCUUUUUAAGUGGGAGAACUUGCACAAUUGGUGGCUGACUAAAUACUUUUUCCCCCCACUGUAUAUGGUUCUAUGAUGGAGGCCACUGUGUUCUUGGGGACCUUCAAUGCAGCAGACAUUUUUUGGUACCCUUCCCCAGAUCUGUGCCUCAACACAAUCCUGUCUCCGAGCUCUACAGACAAUAACUUUGACCUCAUGGCUUGGUUUUUGCUCUGACAUGCACUGUCAACUGUGGGACCUUAUAUAGACAGGUGUGUGCCUUUCCAAAUCAUGUCCAAUCAAUUGAAUUUACACAGGUGGACUCCAAUCAAGUGUAGAGACAACUCAAGGAUGAUCAAUGGAAACAGGAUGCACCUGAGCUCAAUUUCGAAUCUCAUAGCAAAGGGUCUGAAUAGUUACGUAAAUAAGGUAUCUGUUUUUUAUUUGUAAUAAUUUAGCAAAAAUUUCUAAAAACCUGUUUUCACUUUGUCAUUAUGGUUUAUUGUGUGUAGAUUGCUGAGGAUUAUUUUAAAAAAAAUCUAUUUUAGAAUAAGGCUGUAACGUAACAAAAUGUGGAAAAAGUCAACGGGUCUGAAUACUUUCCGAAGGCACUAUAUAAUAUACACUGAGUGUACAAAACACCUUCCUAAUAUUGAGUUGCCGCCCCCUGCACUCAGAAAAGCCUCAAUUCGUUGGGGCAUGGACUCUGCAUGGUGUCGAAAGCCCAUGUUGACUUCAAUGCUUCCAAAAGUUGUGUUAAAUUGGCUGGAUGUCCUUUGGGUGGUGGACCAUUCUUGAUACACAAAGGAAACUGUAGAGCUUUAAAAACCUGCCAGCGUUGCAAUUCUUGACACAAACCGGUGCACCUGGCACCUACUACCAUACCCCGUUCAAAGGAACUAAAAUAUUUUGUCUUGCCCAUUCACCCUCUGAAUCGCACACAUACACAAUCCAUGUCUCAAGGCUUAAAAAUCCUUAUUUAGCCUGUCUCCUCCCCUUCAUCGACACUGAUUGAAGUGGAUUUAACAAGUGACAUCAAUAAGGGAUCAUAGCUUUCACCUGGUCAGUCGAUGACAUAGAAAGAGCAGGUGUUCAUAAUGUUGUGUGUUCACAAACACAUAUAAAUAAUUUUCCAUACACACAAAAAGUUUAUUUCUCUCAAAUUGUGUGCACUAAUUUGUUUACAUCCCUGUUAAUAAUCCAUCCACCUGAUAGGUGAGGCAUAUCAAGAAGCUGAUUAAACAGCAUGAUCAUUACACAGGUGCACCUUGUGCUGGGGACACUAAAAGGCCACUAAAUUCUGCAGUUUUGUCACACAAAACAAUGCCACAGAUGUCUCAAGUUUUGAGGGAGUGUGCAAUUGACAUGCUGACUGUAGGAAUGUCCACCAGAGCUGUUGCCAGAGAAUGUAUUGGUAAUUUCUCUAGCAUAAGCCGCCCCCCAACAACGUUUUAGAGAAUUUGGCAGUACGUCCAUCCGGUCACACAACCGCAGACCACGUGUAUGACAUCAUGUGGGUGAGCGGUUUGCUCAUGUCAACAUUGUGAACAGAGUGCCCCAUGGUGCCGGUGGGGUUAUGGUAUGGGCAGGCAUAAGCUACAGGCAAUGAACACAAAUGCAUUUUAUCAAUGGCAAUUUGAAUGCACAGAGAUACCGUGACGAGAUCCUGAGGCCCAUUGUCGUGCCAUUCAUCUGCCGCCAUCACCUUGUGUUUCAGCAUGAUAAUGCACAGCCCCAUGUCGCAAGGAUCUGUACACAAUUCCUGGAAGCUGAAAAUGUCCCAGUUCUUCUAUGGCCUGCAUACUCACCAGACAUGUCACCCAUUGAAGCAUGUUUGGGAUGCUCUGGAUCGACGUCUGCGACAGCGUGUUCCAGUUCCCGCCAAUAUCCAGCAACUUCGCACAGCCAUUGAAGAGGAGUGGGACAACAUUUCACAAGCAACAGCCUGAUCAACUCUAUGCGAAGGAGAUGUUUCACGCUGCAUGAGGCAAAUGGUGGUCUUGCUCCCUCAACGUGAGCAAGACAAAGGAGCCGAUUGUGGACUACAGGAAAAGGAGGGACGAACUCGCCCCCAUUCACAUCGACGGGGCUGUAAUGGAGCGGGUCGAGAGCUUCAAGUUUCUUGGUGUCCACAUCACCAACAAACUAUCAUGGUCCAAACACACCAAGACAGUCGUGAAGAGGGCAUGACAAUGCCUAUUCCCCCUCAGGAGACGGAAAAGAUUUGGCAUAGGUCCCCAGAUCCUCAAAAUGUUAUACAGCUGCAUCAUCCAGAGCAUCCUGACCAGUUGCAACACCACCUGGUACAGUGGGUAGUGCGUACGGCCCAGUACAUCACUGGGGCCUAGCUUCCUGCCAUCCAGGACCUCUAUACUAGACGGUGUCAGAGGAAGGCCCAAAACAUUUUCAAAAACUCCAGCAACUCAAGUCAUAGACUGUUCUCUCUGCUAACGCACGGCAAGCGGUACCGGAGCACCAAGUCUAGGUACAAAAGGCUCUAACAGCUUCUACCACCAAGCCAUAAGACUAAUGAACAAUUAACAAAUGGCUACCUGGACUAUUUACAUUGACCCCCCCCCCCCCCGUUUUUUUUUGUUACACUACUGCUACUCGCUGUUUAUUACAUUUACAUUUUACAUUUACAUCAUUUAGCAUCUAUGCAUAGUCACUUUACCCCUACCUACAUGUACAUAUUACCUCAAUUACCUCGACUAACCUGUACCCCCGCACAUUGACUCGGUACCGGUACCUCCUGUAUAUAGCCUCGUUAUAGUUAUUGUGUUACUUUUUUAACUUUAUUUAUUUAGCUAAUAUUUUCAUAACUCUUAUUUUCUUAAAACUGCAUUGUUGGUUAAGAGCUUGUAAGUACGCAUUUCACUGUUGUAUUCAGCGCAAGUGCAAGUGACAAAUACAAUUUGAUUUGACAACUGAUCACUUAGCUAUAUCUCAUUAUAAGAAUGUGUCAUGACGUGUCGCCAUGCAUCAAUUACAGUAUUGUGAUUUGAAUCAUUAGUGCUGUAACCUUUCUGUGUCAACCCAGUAAACUGUGUGCGUGGGUUAACUCCUGAGUGGCGCAGUGGUCUAAGGCACUGCAUCGCAGUGCUAAUGUGCCACUAGAUCCUGUUCGAAUCCAGGCUCUGUCGCAGCCGGCCGCGACCGGGAGACUCAUGGGCGCGCACAAUGGCCCAGCGUCGUCCAGGUAGGGGAGGGAAUGGCCGGCAGGGCUGUAGCUCAGUUGAUAGAGCAUGCGUUUGCAACGCCACGGUGUGUCUGGGUAUCUCCUGUAGAAAAUGGCCCUCAUGUUGAACUCUAGCUUUACAUUUACAUUUUAGUCAUUUAGGGUUAAGUGCCUUGCUCAAGGGCACAUCGACAGAUUUUUUCACCUAGUCAGCUCAGGGAUUAGAACCAGCGACCUUUCGGUUACUGGCACAACGCUCUUAACCACUAAGCUACCUGUCACCCCUAAGCUUUCCAUCCUCCUUGAACUCAUCUGUUCUUAUGGUGUUGUCCUCACAUCGGAUCACAGCAUACUAAUUUGGUGCGACACAACACAGACAAUACAAUUAGUCUCAAUUUCACUGGAAAGAUGGAAAUCAAGGUUUGCACAGAAUAAGAUCAAAUGUGAUCAGUCAAUGCAGGUACAACCACCAUUCUGUAAGGUGGUCAUGUCCGUUAAUGAUAAUAUAAUAACAAUGUCCCAGUGAUGUGUAUACCCGUCUGUUUAGGCUGGCUGAUUCCAGAGGAAGGUGGUCAUUAGACUGGGCUGGGAAAGACACUGUAAUUUAUGUUCUGGAAUCAUCUCAGGUAUCUUCCACUAUAAAAAUAUAACACAAAGACAGAAACACAACUGAUAAGUUAGCUUAGCUAUACCUCAUAAGAAUGUCAUAAGUCUCCAUGCAUAAAUUACAGUAUUGUGAUAAGCAGAUUCCAUGUGAGGCUAAGUUAUCAUGCUAUCACAACAUCCGACCUCUUACCUUCUUUUCCAUUCUGUCCCCCGACUACACUAGCUAGCCAUUCGACCACAUGCGCAUCCACUCAACCUUCCAUAGCAGUCUGCGCAGUGCGCUGUAGCUACACAUUGUGCCUCCACUUCUCCACAGCAGUGUUGCCAACUCCUCAGUAAGGAAAGUAGUUAUUGGCUGUCCUAAAAGUCGCUAGAAGUCGCUAAAUGACGUCAUCACAUAAUUUGCAUAAUUGGCCAUGUGCAUGUACUUGUGAUGGAUGCUUUAGGAGAGAGGAAUAAAAAAAAAACCUAAAUAUGUUUAGAACUACAAAUGAACUUUCUUCUGCCGAUUCAUGUUUUACAUUUACAUCCCACCCUGAAUGUAAGCCAGGGCGGGAUCAGCCAGCGGCGGCUUCCCGCAUGCGCGAUUCAUUUGCAGUCUGGACGUGGAGGGGUGAACAUCUCCUGCUCUGACUGCAGCUGGGAGGGACUGCUGCGUGAGGACUGGGCCGCCUGUGAGUGCUUUGGGACGGGGGUGACGGCAGCACCCGCUGCUCGUUGAGAAGAGUAAAAACGAUACGUGCUUUCACGUCAGUCUCCAAAAGUCGCCAAUAAUACCAGAAAAAGUCGCUAGAUUUGUCACUAGUCGAUUUUUUGAAAAUGUGUCGCUAGAGGGGUCUGAAUACACGCUAAAUAUAGCGACAAAGUCGCUAAAUUGGCAACACUGGUUUGCACUGAUAUUUCCAGUUACAAUCGUCCACUCUGCUCCCCUAGACCUAGCAAUCGGCGCUUCUGGUUCUCGCUAAAUGAGCAGUUUGAUUCUUCCGUUACAAUUGACAAACGUCACAUAUAACGCCUCAUACAAAUGGUCACGUAAUUCACGUAGUCGAGUGAGGCAAGCAAGCUUCCGGUUGCCUCACUCGACUACGUGAAUUACGUGACCAUUUGGUCCACAAUAGUUUAAACAAUGUCAGAUAUCCUGAGGUUGUUGGAGAUAUGUACAGGUGAGCCUUUUCCAUUGUAUGCAGUGAAUAUUACAACUUCAACGGAUAACCAAUAAGAAAAGCGUCUACUAAACGCCAGUCAAUUGCUCAUAACAGAGAGGAAGAGGCGAAGCGAGAGAUUUCACUAUAGCCAAAAUCUGUCCAAAAAUAAGCCCAAUGUGUUUCUAUGGGUUUAUUUUUGGACCUGAUCUUGUAGCCUGCCUUCCUGCCUUUGGGACAAUGACUCCCAUUGUUAGGGCGGAGACAUGAGCGUCUUGUCAUUAUAUAAAAUAAUCUAUGAGCAUGGGAUGAAUCAUACCCUUAUCUCGGUGUGGCCGGAUCAUUUUCCUCAAAAUUAACUGCAACAGCAACGUUAGGCUUCAAUCUCUUUUAAAACGUUUUAAAAGUGUGGAGGAUUACAACUAUAUUUGCAACGGAAUGACGCUGUGUGUUUUUCUGGGUGUUCUUUCAAUGUAUUACCUGCAGGUGUCGAGCUCUGCUGAGCACGGGUGUUUCUGCCAGGUAAUCAAUGUUAUACGGCUUCCAAUAUUUUGCUGCUGUCUGCUAGACAUUUCUAUUUGUUCGAUUUUUGUUGUGCUAUGACGAAUGCCUCCGAAACUUCACUUUUAUGACACAUUCUGGGAUAUUUUCUGAUUUUCAAUUAAUAGCCUACCCAUUGAUUCUUGAGGAAUAUAACAUAUAAAUGAGCUGGUACAACUACUGUCUUACUAUAUAAUAACCUAAAAUAGGUUGUAUGACUCCCAUUAUGUUUUGUUGUUCUUAGAGUCGCUGUAAACAAUGUAUAACUUAAAAAUAUGUUUACAACAGGGAUGGGCAACUGAUCAAUCAACAGUUAAAGGAAAACUCCACCCCCAAAAUAUUUUGCAUCAUAAGGGGAUGAUUUCUGUAUUUUGAAAGUUACACAACUUUAUUGCUGAUAAGCUAAACAUUUCGGGACUAUGUCAACAAUGGACUAAUGAAACAAAUACCAGAAUAUCGUUUUUGGGUGGAAUCGUCCUUUAAAAUAGUAGAAUACACAAGGUGCAAUUUUGGUUGUGCAUCAGCUGUUUUUCUCGUAAGGUCAGUCACUGACAGUCACUCAAUUAGCCCAUGUCAGCAAAACAUGUUUUAUAGAUUGGUAAAUUAGUCUAGCCAGCUAUCUAAACUUGUAGUAAUCAUGGUCGAAUUACUGACCAGGAGGGCUCCCAUUGAUUUUGUUAGUCACUCUCACAUAUAUAUAUAUAUAUAUAUAUAACAUAACAUUUCUCUCCACCCUAUGGCAAAAUGUGUAAAAUUGCAGGAAAUUAGCUUUAAAACAGAAACAUUUGAUCUGCGCCCCAUGACAAAAUGAGUAGAAUUGCAUGAAAUUAAUUAGAAAAUUGCUAAAUCUUCUCUCUGCCCCAUGGCAAAAUGUGUAGAAUUGUAGCAAACUUGCCUCAUGGCCCAAUUUUUUUUUAUCAACUGUCAAGAGGGGGGCCUCUAAAAUAUUUUUCUCGCAAGGUGGGUGCCUCCUCCUUAACAAAAUUUCACUUAGGGCCCCCAAAAGGCUAGGAACGGCUCUGACAGCAUGUGUGAGUAUGCAGACCAGUGAGCCACUGCGGCCCAUCAUGAGUUCCAAUUUUUUUUGGGGGGGCCCCCACCCCCAUUAAAGUUGUUAAUACCUGGUUUACAACUAUCAUGUUUACAUCAUGGACUGGCAGUAGUCUAUUAAUUAUAGGCCCUACAGUUGAAGUAGGCCUACAGUUUAUGAAGUACACAUUCUUUAUUUUAACCACAGGUGACCGGUAGCUUGGAUGACUGUGCUUGUGAUGUGGAGACAAUUGAUGCUUUCAACAAUGAGCAACUCUUCCCCAAACUUCAGAAGCUACUUGAGUCCGACUAUUUCAGGUUUUAUAAGGUAAGUCAGACUUCUCACACCUGCCAUUUCAUGUGUCCCAACUACAGAAUGUCAUGAUAAAAUCUCUAUGAUAUCUACGCCUUUGUUUAGGUGAACCUGAAUAAGCCAUGUCCAUUCUGGACAGACAAGGGCCUCUGUGGUCAUAAGAACUGUGCUGUGAUACCAUGUACACCAGUGAGUAUCUUUCUAACAUUGGCCUACCUCUGUCACUGAUCAAAUACGGAUUCAUAUAAGUUGAGUGCAUAGCAAUAGAACGGAUCUACCGCUUAUUAGACUUGCUUUCAAUGAGAAUGACUGAUCUAUAACUCACAUUUCUAUGUGCAUUUGGUCGGGUCGCCCAUAAAGAUGCAUAGUGGACCUUUUUUAAGAUUGUACUCCUGCUCCACAGAAUGAGGUUCCAGAGGGACUCAAAACAAAUGGCCACCACAGUAAGGUAAUAUGAUUAGGAACUUAAUGAAGGGGAAUUAUUUGAAAUGAUUAAAAGGGUCAUAUCACAUAGCUACUGUAGUGCACUUAGGCAAUUUAAAUAUGCUAAAACAGUUGAACUAAGUGUUUUGUCUGUGUAUGCGCGCAGUACUCAGCUGAAGCGAACAACCAGGAGUGUGAGAAGGCUGAGAAGCUUGGAGCAGUGGACAGCUCCCUCAGGUAAGUCACGAGUUUUAUGCCGAGUCUGAUGUAGCGUGGCGGCAGAUUGACGAGGGCGGCAUUUUAAAUAAUAAAACCUCACAUAAUUCUUCCCCAAAACAAUGACAAUUUCUCUCAACCAGUGGCAUAUGGGCUUUUUAGGUGAGCGCUGAUGUCGCUCUGUGAUAAGCAGGGGCGCAAAAUAUUUUGCUUGUCCAUUCCCAGCGUGCCGCUCCAGGGUGCUGUUGGAGAGACUCAUCGCUGCGGUGCUCUACCAACGUUUCGGCAAUUUUUUUUAAUCAAACAUAAAUCAUGUAGCAGAUAUAGGAUAUGGUAGAAAGAGGAUAUGGCCUUUUCUGUAGCCUACAGGCUGGAGAUAAAAUGUAUGCCAAUGUAAUGAGACAGACACUUUUUACAUCAUGCAGGUUUCGCCGAUCAAAUAGCCUAACCUAAAUGGCGCCCAAUCAAAUAAAAAAUGCGCUGGGCCUCCCGAGUGGUGCAGCGGUCUAAGGCAUUGCAGUGCUUGAGGCGUCAAUACAGACCCGGGUUCGAUCCCAGGCUGUGUCACAACUGGCCGUGACCGGGAGUCCCAUAGGGCGGCGCAACAAUUGGCCCAGCGUCGUGCAGGUUAGGGUAGGGUUUGGCCGGGGGGGCUUUACUUGGCUCAUCGCGCUCUAGCGACUCCUUGUGGCGGGCUGGGCGCCUGCAGGCUGACUUCGGUCGUCAGUUGAACGGUGUUUCCUCCGACACAUUGGUGCAGCUGGCUUCCGGGUUAAGCGGGCGGGUGUUAAGAAGCGCGGUUUGGCGGGUCAUGUUUCGGAGGACGCAUGACUCGAGCCUCUCCCGAGCCCGUUGAGAAGUUGCAGCGAUGAGACAAGCUCGUAAUUGGAUCGCAAUUAGAUAUUACGAAAUUGGGAAGAAAAAGGUGUGCUGACAUGUUAACAAUCAACAUAUCCUAAAACCAGGUCAAAGUAAAAUGGACAAAUGGAAUGGACAAUCAGGCAACUCGCAACUGCUGUCCAGGAGUUUCAGCCUGUGGGUUAAAUUGUCAUGACCAGUAGUUUAAAGUUUGUAUCUGUACAUUCUUGACAAGCUUAUCAUAGCGAAAAAGAAUAUACUUCUGCAUUUCCCGCUGUGUAAACACAUUGAUUCUCAUUGCAAAUAUGCUCAGGAUAACUCCUGAUUUAAGUUGGGUAGCUGAUAUUCAGAGAUUAAAUAGCCAUAUUGAUUAGUCACAGUAAUCAGGACUAAUAAAGCCAAUGCAACUGCCUGUUUUAGAAACGGUGGGCCUACCACAUGGAUGGGCAUUCAUAAAAUUCUAUUACGGGCCAACACUGUAGGCUACACCCCAGUAAGCACAGACAGACGUCUUUUGGACAUAGAUUUUUUGUUCUGGUCUGGACCAAAUCUGAACCAAUCAUGGAUGUCUAUGUUUGGUUCAGAUGUCUAUAAAUUACGUCUUUUCAACUUUCAUUCAGAACCGAAAAUGAACCUAACUUCAACAUCCGGAAAAUACUUAUUUUUCAACAUCCGUAAAAUACGUAUUUUCACCUUUCAUUCAAAACCUAAAAUGAACCUAACUUCAACAUCUGGAAAAUACGUAUUUGGCUUAUUGGGACUAUUCUAGUUUUGCGGAAGGCAGCUAUUAUUUUUUGUCUCUCCUAGGGCGGCAGAGCGGCCAGGACCGGGCCUGAUACUACUUCACCCCUUGUGUUGGAUCAAUAGCUUGACAUCCCUGUGGUUGUUUCUCUGUGCAGCGAGGAGACCAGGCAGGCCCUUGUGGAAUGGAACAAGCAUGAUGACGAAGCAGAGCGAUUCUGUGUGAUUGACGGUAAGCUAAACAUGUUCUCUUCUCAGUGAAGGAUUUUGUAGAAUUUAAAUAUUUUGAACGUUAAACUUGUCCAACUAUCUGUGAAGGACUGCUAGACUUUUAACAUUUAUUUGUGCCUGCGGCAACAGCCUUUCAUUCAAGAGGGAUGUUAAAGGGAAGACAUUUUAACAUAAAUCUUCCAUCCUCUUAGCAUCCUCUUGUGCUGUAGGCUACAGUAUGGUAGAAUAGAUGCAACAGACUCAUCCUCUUAAUGAAGGUUAAUUCAUAUGCUGUUUAUUCUAAGAUGAGGAGUCUCCUGAUUCCCAGUAUGUGGAUCUACUGCUAAAUCCAGAGCGCUUCACUGGAUACAAGGGGCCGGAAGCCUGGCAAAUCUGGAACAGCAUCUAUGAGGAGAACUGCUUCAAGUAAGACUUGGUUACACGUUAUAAUAACUUUCAUGAAUAAGUCAUUUUAAAUGCUUUAUACAUGUCAUACAUGCUUAUGAGUUGUAAUGCUUAUAAAUGUUCAUAAAUGCUUCUCUUGGAUGUGAAUCAGUUGCCUCUUAAACAAUGAAACGGCAUUGCAAUUUAGAUUUUGGAUGUUUACAGUAGGCUACAAUAUGAUUUUUCCUCAGACCAUACACUGUGAAGCGACCUCUAAAUCCUAUGGUAUCUUACAGUGGUAAGUCCACGUGAUUUACCCACUGUAGUAAUUCCAUGAUCUCCAAAUGCAAUAAAUACCUUUAAAGAAUAAGUGUCAAGAAUAUACAGUAUAUAUUUUGUGUUGCAACCAAAGACGUUCAUUUAUCUUUGUUUCUUUCCACUCACAGGAACUGAUGGUAAGUAUCAUGUUGUUUACAAUUAUAGUUAUUUUGGACCAUGGAAUGUUUGUUCAUUGAGCUCAAUGAGUAUCCCAUAAAAUCAAUAAUCUCAUGUCUUUGCAGGGAAGACAUUUUACAGUUGGCUGGAAGGUAAGCAUUUAAACACUUGUAACAUUGACCAAAACUCCUUCUAAACCAUUAUCAGGAGAGCGGCAGGUAGCCUAGCGGAUAGAGAGGUUUGAAUCCCAGAGCCAACAAGGUGAAAAAUCAGCCGAUGUGCCCUUGAGCAAGGCACUUAACCCUAAUUGCUGUGGAUAAGAGCGUCUGCUAAAUGACUUAAAUGUAAAUUAAUGACUUCCACUCUUUGGCCUAUGAAUAUCAUGAAGGACAAUGUUCUGACACAUUUACCCCUUUCACACUAUUGUGCCGUGCCGAGCUAUCUUGGUUACGCAUCUACCGUGCUGGAAAAGGACAGUAUGAAAAGAAAAUAUCAGAAGUCAACCUCAUAGUGUGAAAAGGGCUGCUAGGUUGACUGACCAAUGAGCCUCAGUUGUCUAUCCUCCCAGGCCAGUGUGUGGAGAAGAGGGCUUUCUUUAGGCUGGUCUCUGGGCUCCACUCCAGCAUCAACAUACACCUGAGUGCCCGGUACCUCCUGGAUGGUGAGUCACUCACACACACACACACACACACACACACACACACACACACACACACACACACACACACACACACACCUCCAGAGAGAGGAAGCUGGUUGGUACACUACAUGACCAAAUGUAUGUGGACACCUGCUCGUCGAACAUCUCACUACAAAGUUGGUCCCCCCCUUUGCUGCUAUAACAGCCUCCACUCUUCUGGGAAGGCUUUCCACUAGAUGUUGAAACAUUGCUGCGGGGACUUGUUUCCAUUCAGCCACAAGAGCAUUAGUGAGGUCGGGCACUGAUGUUGGGCGAUUAGGCCUGGCUCGCAGUCGGUGUUCCAAUUCAUCCCAAAGGUGUUCAAUGGAGUUGAGGUCAUGGAUCUGUGCAGGCCAGUCAAGUUCUUCCACACCGAUCUCGACAAACCAUUUCUGUAUGGACCUUGCUUUGUGCACGCGGGCAUUGUCAUGCUGAAACAGGAAAGGGCCUUCCGCAAACUGUUGCCACAAAGUUGGAAAUGCAGAAUCGUCUAGAAUGUCAUUGUAUGCUGUAGCGUUAAGAUUUCCUGUCACUGAAACUAAGGGGCCUAGCCCGAAUCAUGGAAAAACAGCCCCAGAUCAUUAUUCCUCCUCCACCAAACUUUACAGUAGGCACUAUGCAUUGGGACAGGUAGCGUUCUCCUGGCAUCUGCCAAACCCAGAUUUGUCCGUUGGACUGCCAGAUGGUGAAGCGUGAUUCAUCACUCCAGAGAACUCGUUUCCACUGUUCCAGAGUCCAAUGGCGGCGAGCUUUACACCACUCCAGCCGACACUUGGCAUUGCGCAUGGUGAUCUUAGGCUUGUGUGCGGCUGCUCGGCCAUGGAAACCCAUUUCAUGAAGCUCCCGACGAACAGUUGUUGUGCUGACAUUGCUUCCAGAGGCAGUUUGGAGUGUUGCAACCGAGGACAGACGAUUUUUACUACGUGCUUCAGCACUCGGCGGUCCCAUUCUGUGAGCUUGUGUGGCCUACCACUUCGCGGCUGAGCCAUUGUUGCUCCUAGACGUUUCCACUUCACAAUAACAGCACUUACAGUUAAUCGGGGCAGCUCUAGCAAGGCAGAAAUUUGAUGAACUGACUUGUUGGAAAGGUGGCAUCCUAUGGCGGUGCCACGUUGAAAGUCACUGAGCUCUUCAGUAAGGCCAUUCUACUGCCAAUGUUUGUCUAUGGAGAUUGCAUGGCUGUGUGCUCGAUUUUAUACACCUGUCAGCAACAGGUGUGGCUGAAAUAGCAGAAUCCACUAAUUUGAAGGGCUGUCCACAUACUUUUGUGUGUGUGUGUGUAUUUGGAUUUGUUAUUUUAGUCCUUCUCAUUCUUCAAUGCAGUAGUUUUCUUCUCCCUAUAACUUUAUUCAAUCCGAACCGCUAUGUGGAUUUUAGGGGUAAACUUAUGGAUACUUGUUUUGCCUUUUGGUUAAAUACCUAAUCCAGUUCCUAUUGAAUCUUUAAUCGACGUUUCUGCAUGUUGCCCAGAUGAACUGUUAUGCACAUAUUUACUUUUCACCUCUUUUUGUCUGCAAUGGAAAUAUUCCAUGGGAAUAUAUAUUGCAAUAUGUCCAUUGAUGAGGGGUGUAUCAAAGAACCUGUAAAGAAACAACUGCUAGCCCCAAACCCCUCCCCCCUAGACAGAUAGAUCUGAGAGGAUUGGACAAGAUGUAAGCAAGCCUAUCAGAGGGCAAGGUGGAGCUAUACUGCUUAAAUCAAAUCAUCUCAGCUCUACAAGUGUCUAGGGGGUAUUGGAUAGUGGUUGUUUCUGGACAGGGCCAAAGUCUCACCUCCCUCCUCCUCCUCAGACAACUGGUUCCAGAAGAAGUGGGGUCACAACGUCUCCGAGUUCCAGCAACGUUUUGAUGCCCAGCUGACCAACGGUGAGGGCCCAAAGAGGCUGCGCAACAUCUACUUCCUCUACCUGAUCGAGCUGCGUGCCCUGGCCAAAGUCCUGCCUCUUCUCCAGCGCCCCUCCUUCCAGCUGUACACUGGCCAACCCACCCAGGACAGACGACACAAACGCCUGCUCCUAGAGCUCCUCCAGGUGGCCAAGUGAGUGUACAGCAGGCAAAGAAUUACUGGGUCAAUCCAAUUAUGUACAACCACUAUACAGAAUGUAUAAAUAUGUCUUUGGUUUCCAGAUGAAUUAACAGUAUAUUGAUACACCAUGUUAAACAAACAACAUUAUACUAUAGCAGGGUUCCCCAACUGGUGGACUGCGGACCACAUUUUUUCAGCAGGUGGUUUUAUUUGGCACCCCUAGUUUUCGGAUAAAAAAAUAUUUAAAAAAAAAAAGAAAUAUGUUGGACAUAAAAGACAUAAAAACACCAGGAAAUCAGUUUCAAGUGAUUGUCAUUUUAAGAAAUAUCUUCCCAAGUGUUCCCACGCAUAAUAGAGACAAGUGAUCAUAAACAAAGGUAAGCAAGGUUUGAAAUGAUUGUUUUAGUCAAACAUAUCGGUUUGGGCUUCUUGCGGUCAAUUUGCAAUCUACAAAUUAUUUGUAAUUAUGUUCCGGCCCCCUGACCAUCUGCUCAAGAAACAAAUUGGCCCCGCGGCUGAAUCUAGUUGAUAAUCUCUGUACUAUACAGUAUUAUUCAUGCAGUCUUCACAAGCACUCCAUAUAUGCUUCAUAAAUCAUGUGUAAGCAAAAUCAUAUUACAUAAAAGGUGAUGUACUCUAAAGGUAUGUGCUUGUGUUGUAUCAUCGCAGUGAAACACUCUUAACACCCCUUCAGGUCUUUCCCUUUGCACUUUGACGAGACGUCUCUGUUUGCUGGGAAUAAGGAGGAAUCUGCCAAUCUCAAGGUCAGUAUGCUAUAGGCCUACAGUAUAGUACUCUUAGAACACAUUUAACUCUCUGGACGUUAUGUAGUCAUGUCUGUUGAACUACUCAACCACUAUCUGUGCUUCUCUUUCUGUUGUUAUUUCUCUCUCUCUUUUUCUUUUCGUUGACGUCAGGAGGAUUUCAGGCUGACCUUCCGCAACAUCUCCAGGAUCAUGGACUGUGUGGGAUGCUUUAAGUGCAGGCUCUGGGGCAAACUACAGGCGAGUGAACAGGAGAGUCCUCUUAACUGUGUGUGUGAUAUUUGACUGCUCAGACCUUUAUUGUGGUGAUACAAAGAUCUAUUUUAGUUAGUGAGGUAAUGUUGUUAUUAUACUGUAUUGUAGAGACCUCGACCAAUGUAGAGGGAUUGAGGUGACUUGGGUUGUUAUGAAUGCUAUAAGUAUGCUCUCUCACUCCAUGCAGACUCAGGGGUUAGGCACAGCCCUGAAGAUCUUGUUUUCCGAGCGACAGAUCGAGGCUCUGCCCAAAUCCAGCAGUGCCCGGCUCACUUUCCAGCUCAGUCGCCAAGAGAUAGUGUCCCUCCUCAAUGCCUUUGGAAGGUACAAUAGUCCCUGGCAUAGAAUUAGAUAUACUAGAAAAGACAUGCCAGUUCAAAUCAACAUAAUAUAUAUGGCCCCCAGUCCUUUUAACUUUCAACCACUCUUAACUCUACUCAAACCCAUUUCAUACAGCAACUUCCCUGUGUAAAAUAAAAGGUUUACAUUUUGUUUUUCAGGAUUUCAACAAGCAUCAGAGAGUUGGAGAACUUCCGAUCACUGCUGUCUAAGGUCCGGUAGCCUGAACCCACACAUCCCUACAGAGAGCCACAUACCCACAAAAGAAUGACCAGGCUGAUUUGAAAUUAUUCAAAAUGCAACAACCGCAUCAGCAUGUAGCUGCGGUGUUUGGGGCUGCUGAAAGACACAAGUGAAAGUCCUGACAAGUGACUUACAAGGGAUCUAACUAAACAAACAAAGGAACAUGGACAGUAGCCAAUCCCCUUUGAGCUACUUGGCAAUUAGGGUGUUUUCACACCUAGUUUUGAGCUACAGUUCGAAUCAGAGUUCGAGUAUUUGUUCCAUUGUAUUUUUUUAAUUUGGUCCUGUUGGUUUCAUUGCCAAAUGUCAAAUGAACUAAAAUUCCUAAACAAAACCACCUGUCCAUGCAAGUCAUUUGUUUAUUGGACAAAGAUGCUCACGUUAAAUCAAUCUAUGAUUAUCAUGAAGCAUCACUUGUGUGUCCCAAUCUUCAUAUUAUUUUCACUUUGGUCUUCCAAAAACAUGCAGCAAUAGCUGCUCUAACUGCUAUGUGAAUAGGCAAUAUUCAGGAGCCUAUAUCCCCAGUAUAGCCCCAUCUACCCUAAUCUGCAUCAGAUGCACUCAUAAAUGCGCUGCAACUCAGAGAAUGUUUCAGAGAUAACAAGUUGUGAUGAUGCGUGCAUUUCAUCAAAUGGUCGCAGUCAAACAACCAUGAAUAGUGCGCGACUCUGGUUAUUUUCCUGUGUUUGGUCUGGACUGCGUUCUCACCUGCAGCGAACCUCACCACGGUACGAAUUGAAUCGGAAAAACCGCUCCAAACCAAUUGAGUGUGAAAGCACCCAUAGAUACUGUAUCAGGGUAAAAAAAAUAUAUAUACUUUGCACCAUUUUGCUUCCACAAUGGGUUUAUUGGCGAGUGGUUGACUAUGUUGCCCACAUCAAACAUACAUAUGUAAAACACAUUGACCAAUCAUUGAUAGAAGUUUGACACUCCUCAGGGCCUUUCUAAGUGCUUAUCCACUUGUUUCUCAAUAGCCGAUUGGCUGUAAGGCAACUGAAUGUAAUGUCAUGUUUUCUUUGAAAAAAUAAACAUUGGCGUGUCCUACACCGUCUACAUAAAGAGUGCACACCCUUUUGGUGAGGGAAAAGAUAAUAUACAAAUGAAAAAGAAAGUUGCACACAUCUCUUCUUGCUGUAAGAGUAAGUAGCUUUGUCAGAAAGGCCCCGAUCUCCUGUUUCUGUAGCAGUUUGAUGAACAAGUAGACCC